AUUUCUGCCGAACAUACUCUCUCUCUAAAAUCUAUCCUCUUAACCGCAGUCGCCGAGCCAACAGGACGCAGAGCACCACCAUCCUCGGCGAAACCCUCGCGAGUUCGCCGCAAAUGGAGCAGGGCAAGGAGGGGAUGAUGGUGUCCAAGCUCGCGCCUCCGCAGAACCCGGUCGAGCAGCUGCAGGCUCGCUUCAAGGAGCUGGAGGCCGGGUUCAAGGCGUGGCUGUCCAAGCAGUCCCUGCCCGUCGAGGCCGCCGUCGUCACCGCCACCGGUGGCCUCCAGGGCGCCACCAUCGGCGCCUUCAUGGGGACCCUCACCAACGACGUCUCCUCCUCUUUCGCUCCCCCUCCCCAGGCCAAUCUCAACCCCGAGGCCAUGGCCUCGCUCAAGCAAGCUCAGGCUUUAUCGGGAGGUCCCUUGGUACAAGCUCGCAACUUCGCUGUCAUGACUGGUGUCAAUGCAGGCUUAUCUUGUGUCAUGAAGAGGCUGAGAGGGAAGGAGGAUGUUCAGUCCAGUAUGGUGGCCGCUUUUGGUUCUGGUGCCAUGUUUUCAUUGGUGAGUGGCAUGGGUGGCCCAAACCAGGCAGCAAAUGCUGUUACUUCAGGACUCUUUUUUGCUCUCGUCCAGGGUGGACUAUUUAAGUUUGGGCAGAAGUUCUCCCAACCACCAGAGGAAGAUGUGCACUAUGUUAGAACGAGAAAUAUGUUGACAAGGCUGGGUCUUCAGACUUACGAGAAGAAUUUCAAGAAAGGCCUUUUGACAGACAACACUUUGCCUCUGCUUAACGAUAGUGCUCUUCAAGAUGUGAAAAUUCCUCCUGGACCGAGGCUACUCAUUCUUGACCACAUUAAGAGGGAUCCGGAGCUGAAAGGAACGAGAAAGCGAUAGAUGCAGUUGGUUAGCGGCCGUGAGAAAUAUUUGCCAUUUGAGAUACACUUGUACGAGUGUAAUUUUCCCUCAUCUUUGCUAUAGUCUCUAGUACGUGGGUUAAAUCAAAUUGAUGAUCAUCUUGAGAUGCAAAUGCCGAAUGCAAUUGAUUUCC